GUGAAUCAGUAUUGGUGUGAAAAUCUGCAAGUUAAAUUUUCAAGUGAGCAAAAGAUACUUGUAUUCUUAGUUUAUUUCGUAAGGAAACUAGCAUUUUGUUGAAUCUGGUUCUUCUUUGACUCCAGAACCUUCGACAAAAGGAAGAGUAUUUAAAGUGUGGCCAAGCAAACAGAAGUUCAACACCAGUUGCAAAUUGAGAGCAUUCCUUCCAAAGAGUGAAAACUAGCCAGAGCCUGUCACAUUCUCUUCACUGACGAGGAAAUCAAGAUGACCACACUAUUUUCAGAAGGAGAAAACCGUGCCUGGUGCAUUGUCUACGGCUUAGAGUCGGCGGCAAUUAUUAUCGGGAAUUUCCUUAUUAUUGCUGCCUUCGCCGUCACCAAAUCCCUACACAGGAAAACCUAUCUGUUGCUUAUGAGUCUGGCAGUAGCAGACCUCCUGGUGGGUGCGGUGGCGAUACCGAUGUUCAUUCAUUACAUUGGUGGAUCAGUCACCGAUUGGUGGGAAGUGGACGACCACGUGCAACCCGCUCAGACCGCCAUCGAGAUAUUUGUCUCGUAUGCCUCGAUUUUCUUCCUCGUCGCUAUUGCUUUGGAGAGGCUUUACGCAGCUUUGUCUCCCGUCGGGCAUGAUAACUUGAAACCUAUCGUUUACUAUAUUGUAAUCACCUCGAUCUGGCUUUUAUCGGUGCUACUCGGCGUUUUGUCGUUUCUCCGAGUGGAGCAUGUCGGCGCGGCAAAUAAUGAGGGAGUAUUCCUGUUUAUCAUGAUUUUACUUGCGUUAUCAAUGAUAACCAUUGUGGUCGCUUAUUCUGUAAUCGCCUGCAUUUUACUGGGUGCACGCGAUAAAAGCGAUGACUUUCAGAGGAGGAUGGCGGUUACUCUCCUGAUCUUGAGCCUGAUUUUUUUAGUCACGUGGCUGCCCUUUAAAGUGAUGAAUUACAUUUUUCACUUUCAGCCGGGUGCAACUCUUUCAUGUAGCCCAGGUGACUUUGCCUGUCUCUAUCACGCAAUAUUCGCCACAAAGUUCCUUCAUUAUUUUAACUCAGUUGUAAACCCUAUUAUUUAUGCUCUGCGUGUGAAAGAUUUCAGGAAAGGAGUCAGGCGCAUUUUUUGUUGUUGCUGUGAAGAAAGAGCACCGAGUAACCCUCCCCUGGGCUAUAAGGAAAACGGAAUCGACAACAUGGUUUCAAUGCAGUCCAUUGAUACCAAUGUUCCCUCUAUGUUCUUGUAAGUAACAUUAAUGGAAAUAUAUUAUUUUGUACCCUCUUAAGAUUUAAAAUCACAUUGGCUGGCUUAAACGACAUGCAUCUCAUUGAAGCUAAUAAUAUUAUCUAGGCGCUGGUAUAAAUUUCCUGGGUUAUUUUUUAGUACAGUGCUUUUCAUGUCCAGUCCUCAGUUAAGAGAUAGAGACCUAUAGACCUAUUUAAGCGUAAAGCUUGUUGCUGAGCUGAUGUUUUGAGGCUACUGCCAUACCUUACCGUCUAGGGCUUUUUUUGCACGCGUUCAAAGUCUUUGAAACAGAGAUUAUUCCAAAUUAAUCCACGGAUCUUUCGUUUACGGUUGUCUACGCAACUGCAGCUCUGAGAAAGUUGUAUAGAGUUCCGGAGGUGGUACAUAGUUUCCAAAUUUUCGUGUUUAGAGGUCUUUCGAUUGAACCAAACAUUCUUAACCGGGCUUAUCAGAAAAAAACAAUUAGAAAAAUCAACCAGUGAUGACUCGAAGAAUACACAAUAAUUCGGCUUCAAGCGAGAGAAAAUGCAAACAACAAUUAAAGGCACGAUUGGAUUUUUAAAUUUGAAUCUGAUUGGAAGAGAGUGUUAUUUGAUAAUUAAAUAACAAAAACUAAAUAAGGUAAUAUCAAAGAUAUCUCGAAUCUGUUUCAAAAUCAUGAUACUCGCUCUUCCCUGAAGGUAAUAAGUAAACGAAGCUGACCUUUGACUAUUAUGCUAUUUUACGCGAUUUUAUUCGUAAACGAAAAGCGUAAGCAGAUAUUCACAUCUUAUUUACCAUCAUAUAAUGAGUUAGGGGAUGUAGCUUUGGCAUAAUUUGUUGUACAUCCAUUGGUGGGGAAUUCUAAAGUUCUAACUUUUUAGGCUUUUUAUGUACAUAGUUGGUCUUUUUAGGAGACAUAAUCAUUAAAUUGUUUCACUGACAACAAUAAAGUUUUUUUUUUAAUUUUACUGCCUUGCGACCUUUAAAAUCAAAACUUUUGGAAGAUUAUUUCUCAUUGAAAGUAGAUUUCAUGAGUCGAGGUUCAGAGGGAUUAAUAACGUGAGUAGCAGCAACCACUCUGGUUGGUGUUUGUAGACUUGGUGUUUGUAGAGUUGGUGUUUGUAGAGUUGGUGUUUGUAGAGUUGGUGUUUGUAGAGUUGGUGUUUGUAGAGUUGGUGUUUGUACAGGUGGUGUUUUUAGAGUUGCUGUUUGUAGAGUUGUGUUUGUAGAGUUGGUGUUUGCAGAGCCCUCUUUCACUGAGGUCGGAAUUGUAAUUUCAAGAGUUGAGUUUUAGUUUUGAAGGUCAGCGGAGAGGAUAAAAAAUAAGCAUAAUGCAGUCGUUCAUUUGGGCGUUGAAUGCUAGUAGUUCAUACACAAUCGAUAUCUGAUCUAUCAACUUGAUGUUGGACACUCCGUGAUAAUGAUCCAACAAGAGAAAUAUUUGCCAAAAAAGUCAAAUGUAUUUUAAUCAGAAUUUUACAAUUAUACAACUACUUUCACCUACAUUAGAUUAGAUUUUACAAAGCAUAAUUUUAUAGUAAAGUUUAGUUCAGCUGAAUAUAUUUCUAAUGCUAAAAGAUUUAAUUUGUUUCAAUGACAUUUGAAAAUAUAUGUUAACUUCCUCAGUCCAGUAAACUUUGUCUCGUGUAAGUUUAGGACUGAACUUGCUGACUUACUGAGAUAGAUGGAGCAAUACUUAUUAAAGUUAUUUACUCAGUGUAAAAUAAAUUCUUAUAAAAUAA